CCAGAGCCGCAGGGCCCAUCCUUAAUUCCAGCAGGAAGCCGAAAUCUUGRGAGUCACCUUCAGGGAGGAUUUGUAAUGUUUUGCUGUCAGGAUGAAGAGCAGGAUCCCUGUCAUCCUUCUGGCCUGUGGCUCCUUUAACCCCACCACCAACAUGCACAUGCGUUUAUUUGAGCUGGCCAGAGACCACCUGCACCAAACAGGAAGAUACCAGGUGAUUGAAGGCAUACUGUCUCCUGUCARUGAUAACUAUGGGAAGAAAGGCUUGGUUUCAGCAAGGCACCGGGUAGCGAUGGCUAAACUGGCACUGGAAACAUCUGACUGGAUCCGGGUGGAUCCCUGGGAGAGUGAGCAGGAGACAUGGACAGAGACAGUAAAAGUAUUAAGGCACCAUUAUAAUGAAUCGCUCCGAGUGUUCCAGUCCAAGAMGGAGUUCAUGAGAAACAAACAUCUCACAGAAAGGUCUGCGAGGGAUUCCCUUUCUUGCCAGGAGCCAGUUCUACCAGAAUUAAAGCUGCUCUGUGGGGCUGAUUUUCUACAGACAUUUAAGACACCCAAUCUCUGGAAGGAAGAAGACAUCAAAGAAAUAGUGGAAAAGUUUGGUUUGGUCUGUAUUAGCCGGGCUGGCUCUGAUCCAUCUCAGUAUAUCAAGGAAUCAGACCUUUUAACUAAAUACCAGCACAAUAUUUUUCUGGUGAAGGAGUGGAUUCAGAAUGAAAUCAGUGCAACGCAGAUACGCUCUGCCUUGUGCAGAGGAUUGAGUGUGAAAUAUCUCAUACCAGACUCUGUUAUUGCCUACAUUGCACACCACAAUAUCUACACAGAAGAGAGCGAGCGCAAGAACGAAGGGAACAUGCUUCAGCCUCUCAAGCUGCAUAACACACCAAUAAAACCUCUGAACGACUGAUUUUUGCAGUGUGUGACAUGUCAGAUCAGGAGUUUUUUUCAUGUAAAUUUCUUGAUAGUUAUUAAUGAAUGGAAAGUACRUCAGUCCAGAAUUGUGUGGUGUUUUAAAUCCAUGAAUCUGUAUGGUAGUGCUCAAUCAAAUUGGGAUGCUCAGCUGCAUAGGUUAAAAUAUGUAAAGRACAGCUUUCUUGUGAAAAUAAAAGAACAGAGAUCUUCACAAUAAAUGUUCUUCAGUAAUACUUAAGGGUCAAACAUAGUAGUUUGCUAACUUAUAAUUCUGUAAUCUCUACUCUUCUGAAACAGCAAAAUAUAACGAACGUCAACUUUAGAGAGAGAAAAAGAGAGUGAUUUUUGAUUAGGGGUAAAUUUUGACUUCAUAAGACCCUGAAUAUUUUUUUUAUUUUUGGCAGUUUGGCCAAGAGAUGGAAAUUAAUCUUGUUUCAUGCAAGCACUUGAAAAUGCAUGUUCUACUUCUGCCACUUCUCAGCCUGUGAGUUCUGAAAUGACACAGUCCUCAUUCCCCCAUUUGAAGUGGGUUUCUUUGCUUCUCUGAUCCAGAGUCUUCUAUGACAGCAAGUUAUUGCCAAGGCCCCAGAGUAAAUAUAUCCAAUAGGGACUUCAGCUGUACCRUAAGAGGCUCAGGAUUCAGGCUGUAAUGUUAGCUAGAACAAUCUGUUGUCUUCUGUGCUGGUUGCCUGUUAYGCUGACUCAGUGUAUCUCAUUUCUGACAGAAGACAUUUUCAAAGAUAGAACUCUAUAAAGUGCUGUUUCUGUGUUUCAAAGUUGCUUAAAUGAGCUGCAAGCAUUCAUUCGGUUGUGAUGUAGCAAUUGUACAAUACACAAAGCUCCUCAGUCCUUCUUAAUACAAGUUUCACCUAACUGC